GCCUCUUUUUUCCCGACCUCCAUCGCGCUGUACACGUAGCAUCUCUUUGAAGACUUCACGUUGAAGGAAUAGGUCGAAUUAUCUUUGUCCUUUCUAUUCUACUCUUGGACGGCGUUCUAGGAGUCGCGCUCUGAUACACAGAUAAAGUGUUUCCUUCCUCCUUUCACGAAAACAAUCACUACGAAUAAAAGCUUGCUUCUAUGACCGAUAUCGCCAUCCCCGAAUCCCCCUUGAAGAAACUUCGAGUAACGGCUAUUGACGAAGAACCUUUCAGCAAGCUCAAGGCGGACGCUGCUAUAUUGACCUCGGAUGAAAAACUCUUCCCUAUCACUAUGAAGUGCCUGUCAUGCAUUUCAACUUAUUUCCAGCACCUAUUCGAGUACCGCGCCGGAAUUUUACCCAUCACGUUGAACGAACGGCUGACAGAAGAGCUAGACAUCGGUCUAAACAUCUUUCGUAUCGAAGAGGACAGCAUCACGUUCAAGGAUGUUCUCCGAUAUGUCUAUCCAGGUCUUGUUAAACGCUAUCCGAGCGUGAAGGAGCUUGUCAUGAUCAUGAACGCGAUGAUCAAGUACCAGAUGGACGGGACAUACGCCUUCCAAAAUUCAGUUAUCAACGAUCUCCGUUUGCGUGGGGUUCAGUCACGUACACCGGCUGAUGAUGAUCCCAAGAUCGCGUUGUCGGUGUUCAGCCUCCUCUUUCGAUACAAACAAAGUUCGAUUGCUCAUGCCGUUCCUGGUACGUUCAUCACAGAGGUUGCUAAAAGACUGCUGCUCUUUCCUCGUGAAGAUCUGGCAGUCCUUCAUGUUCCAGAAAUGGAUUUCGAACCGGCUAUUCCGGCUAGCGUGUUCAUCUCGCUUUUAAAUUAUCAUCGACGGGUGUCGGAUACCAUUUUAACACAUGUUCCGUCGUUUAACGAGUGGCCAAAUGACACUUCGAGGCUCACAUACACAUGUUCUUCUCUCUAUCCACCAGCGAAGACUAGAAUAUCGUUGGAGGAUCUCCAGCAGAUAUUCUAUUAUCUGCGCUUCACCUCGGAGACAUUCAAACAUACACCGUACAUGCUCACUCAAUACCAGAAGACAACGAACAUUGAAAGUGCUUUCGGGAACGAUAGACAAUCUAUACGUUGUCCCCGCUGCCACACAACUGGUUGUGGAAGUAUGGUUAGGUUUGUAAAUGGAAUAGUAAAGGAAGAAGUUCGUUCGGUUGUUAAAGAUGUUGUAUUGGAAUUGUCAGGCGUGGACCUGAAGGAAUUGAAAGAGCCAAGCGGUUCAGGUGCGAAGGACGCGGAGGAAGAGAACGGUGAUUUGGAGGACGAGGAGGGGUUGAAUGAGUUGAGAUUGAUAUCAAAGCCUGAACAAGCACGUAUGAAGGAGGUCGAAACCGCUCACCGAUGUGGUGUAGAGAAAGGCACAGUUCAGCCGAUCGGGAACUUGGUGGAUGGAAAGAAGAAGAAAAAGAAGAACCCGAAGGAAGAAGACAAGCGGCCUACGAUGCCGGCUCCGAAAGUUUGCACUCGCUGUGCUGACCGCCGGGUCCAGUGUUUAGUUCCGGAAGAUGUACGACAAGGACAGUCCUGUAUGGACUGCCGAAAGGGCAAGGUCAAGUGUUCAUUGACCACGAGAAGACAGUCGGCUUACAGUGCCGAUGAGCCUGGGCAGAAGGAUGAGCUUGUGGAGGAGAUUUCAGAGGAAGCAAUGCCAGUUGCGGAGGAGCCGUGAAAGGAGGGUAUCUGUAGCGGGUAGUUUGCGCCUCCGCUGAUCUCGCGUCCUGCGGUGUUGAUUCCUCACUAUCUUUGUUCUUGUAUUUUUGGUGACACAUCCCUGAAAAGCACAGGCAGCUUGUAGUCGUUG